AUGCCUACCCCUCUCAAGGGCAAUAUUAUCUUGGAGAAGGAGCUUCAAUUUGGAGUUCAGAUGCCAGCCCUGCCAAAUAUGAUCCUGGCGACUGGAAAAAUAACUUCACUUCUAUGAGGCUCAAUUUUCUAAUCUGUAAAAUGGGAUGAUCACACCUACCAGGUAGGCAGGAGAAUGAAUGCACCUCUUCCGGGUGCUGGAGCCCUUUGCUGAUUUCUCCAACCUCUCAGCUCCCUGUUCUUCGACCGCAUGAAUCUCAGGCAAUUAUUCUCAGAAGUAUUCCUGUGGCAGUCUGCCUGGAAGGGCUCCCCAGCAAAACGUCAAGAGGCAACAGUCAUUUCAGGUCCUUCACAGCCGCCUUACAAGGAGGAGAUGACAGAGUCAGUUAUCGCCUGCACAGCUCCUCACCUUGCCUCCAGUUUGGCCACAGCCCGCGCCGGAUGAGGACACUAAGGUUGAGAGGGAGAAGGAGCACGUGUCGGCAAGCCCUGUAGUUCCAGUCUGCUGGCGUGAAGGGCUGGGUGGGCCCCGCAAAGCAGCGGUUGGCGCGCCUUACUUCAGCCCUGGAACUUGAGGUUCGCGGUGGGUGCGGCUCCAGAAGACAGCGGAGAGGGCGGGCGCUGGCUGCGGUGGUGGCAGCGCUGGCGGGCCGCGACUGUGCGGGCGGGCUGAGGCCAAGCUGGAGGCAAGGUGGUUAAGUUCCGCACUGGGACAGCGCUUCUGCCCUUGGAGAAGGCAUCACAUAUGAAGUGGGCCCCUUAGUUCAAGAGCUCCUGGAAUCUUCUCGAAUCCACCAUGAACACCUCUCACUUCCUGGCCUUGCUCUUCCCAGGAUCCUCACAGGGUGAAAACAGGAGCAAACUCAAUGGAGUUCUAUAUAACUUCUCUGACCACUGCCAGGAUUCUGUGAACCCAAUGGCUUUCAUCAUCACCUUCUACAGCAUUGAGACCAUUGUGGGGGUCCUAGGAAAUCUUUGCCUGAUAUGUGUGACCCUGAAGCAAAAGGAGAAGAACAAUGUUACCAACCUUCUUAUUGCCAAUCUGGCCUUCUCUGACUUCCUUAUGUGCCUCAUCUGCCAGCCACUCACAGUCAUCUACACCAUCAUGGACUACUGGAUCUUUGGCAAGGUCCUUUGCAAGAUGUCAGCCUUUAUCCAGUGUAUGUCAGUGACAGUCUCCAUCCUCUCACUUGUCCUUGUGGCCCUGGAGAGGCAUCAGCUCAUUAUCAACCCAACAGGCUGGAAGCCCAGCAUCUCCCAGGCCUACAUGGGAAUUGUGGCCAUCUGGCUCAUUGCCUGCUUUCUUUCCCUGCCCUUUCUGACUAACAGUAUUCUGGAGAACGUCUUCCACAACAACCACUCCAAGGCUCUGGAUUUUCUGGUGGACAAGGUGGUCUGUACUGAGUCCUGGCCCCUGUACCACCAUCGCAUUAUCUAUACCACCUUCUUGCUUCUCUUCCAGUACUGCAUCCCUCUGGGCUUUAUUCUGAUCUGCUAUGUGCGCAUCUACCAGCGCCUGCGGAGGCAGGGGCGUGUGUUCCGCAAGGGCACCUACAGCUGGCAAGCUGGGCAGAUGAAAAGGAUCAACUUGAUGCUUAUGGCAAUGGUGGCUGCCUUUGCAGUAUUCUGGCUGCCCUUCCAUGUAUUCAAUACCCUGGAGGACUGGCAUCAUGAAGUCAUCCCUGUCUGCCACAGCAACCUCAUCUUCUUGGUGUGCCACCUGAUUGCUAUGGCCUCUACCUGUGUCAACCCAUUCAUUUAUGGCUUUCUUAAUACCAACUUCAAGAAGGAGGUCAAGGCCCUGGUGCUGACCUGCCAACAGAAUUCCCCUUUAGAGGAGUCUGAGAAUCUGCCCCUGUCCACAGUACACACAGAAGUCUCCAAAGGGUCUCUGAGGCUAAGUGGCAGGUCCAUCCCCAUUUAACCAGGUUAUGGGCUUCUCUUUGCCAAGUUUCUUGCCAGGACUUUCCAUUUAACUAAGUGCACAUGCUGCAAGCUGUGGGUGGCAUCCCAUCAUUCCUGGAUUUCAGGUCCCAAUAGUCUGCCAAGAACCUGUUUUUGCAUCCUUUUCAUUGUGAAGUAUGACAUUCAGAUGGUUCGGCUAUUUGUUUUUGGAAGAAUUCUGAAUCUAAACUCUACAGAUCACAGUGAACCUUGUGACUUGAGCUGCAGGAUGCCAGAGCCGGAGAUGUCUGGCUAUAACAGGAAGGGUUCACUAUAGUAACUCAGUAACAGAUGCCUGUCCUGGGAAACCAGGGAUUUUUUCCAACCAUAAACCUUGAGGCCACUGUGGAGUGAGGAAAGUAGCACUUGGAGAUAGAGCUCUGAACUUUGGUCAACCUUUGCUCCCUGGGAGAGAUGUGUGUGUAUGUGCUUUGCAAGUAGUAAGAAUUCCAUAGAGUCAAGGCAGUGGAAUUGUCAUACAAUUAGCACAGCCUGAAUCCAGCUGAAAAAGAUGGAUCUUGUCUUAAGUCCUCAAUGUCCUCUGCAGAAAGAGUUCCACAGUUCGCAUCUACUCUAUUCUUUUGCUCUUUCACUGCAUCUGCUACCUUAUAUGGACAAUAGCUUGAAAGCAUCUCUUUUUGAUGAAAUUGUCAGCACAUUGUGAAUGACAAUUUUUUUGUGUGUGUGGUGCUGGGGAUCUAACCACAGCCUUGUGCAUGUGAGGCAAGCACUCUACCAACUGAGCUAUAUCCCCAGCCUGUGAAUGACAUCUUUAUUUCCUUAGAACUCAUAUCCCCCAUGCCUAGGAUGGGCUCUGGCAUAGGGAGGCAGCUCCAGAAAAGUUUUCCAUUGCAAAUCAAUGGUACAGUGCCACUUGCUGCUGAGGGUUAGACCAUAGCUCAGGUCACUUGCCUAUGGUCCAGCAUAGAAAGGGGUCAGGGGUCAGGCUGCUGUACCCAUAGUCUUUCCUGCCUUCCAGGACCUCUCUUGUCAAGGAAAGUGGACAUAAACUCUGUGGCUCUCCCUUGUGCUGACCCACUUUGCUUCACAUAGUCCUUAAGGCUAUGUCUAUAGCCUCUUUCAUCCAUGCCCUGACUACUAAGAUGACUUGCCCUGAGUGAUAAACCAUGGUUCUUUCAAAGUGUUCCCAGGACAUUAGCAUCCCAGUGGCCUUUGACAGAAGUAGGGGCAGGGAUUCCUGAUUCUCACUUAAUAAGGCCCUGACUGACAGGAGCAGGGAGAAAGCACUUGCUAUUAUCUCCCCUAUGGAGGUCAAGGCCCAGUUACCUUCAUCUUGAACCAGAUCCAAGGCUUGUAUGUGGACCUAUAUCCUGUUCUUAGAAAGACAUAUCAGAAUUGCCCCUGGGUUACCUUGGAAGUGAUGUCCCAGCCUGGCUCUUCCUACUUAGACCUCCAAUGGAAUGGACAUGGCUGGAUACACUGUGGUCCUGUGAGGUAGGGUAUUCAGUGCCAGGGUCCUCAAGGAUCCUCAUUGUGAGAAGACCAGCAUUGACACUACACCGAUAAUCUUAAAAAAGGGUCAGGCAGUAGCAGACUGAGCAGUCACAUGGUAUCUUUUGUCCUGACCAAAGAACCUGUGCAACUGACUCCUGAGACAAGGGCUGUUUGAGUCAUCUGUUCCCUUCCUGGAACUUUUUGUCUUGUCUCAACUUUGGUCACAUCUCCCAUCUCCCAUUCAAUUUUCUUUUUCACAUUAUCAUGCUGCAAGCUGUGGGGGGCAUCCCAUCAUUCCUGGAUUUCAGGUCUGGAGCCACUCUUGGACACAGCUUGUGCUUGUCCUCUGGUGCAAUCUGUUGCUGAUUGUUUCAUGUGAUCAUCUGUCAGAAAAGCCCAGACUCUGGUAUCCAUCCUGGGAAGAUAUCAUUGUCCAAAGAAUUGAGGCCUCAGUCCUCUCCAGAUACCAUGCAAGUGCCUGAAGUUUGCUUCUCUUUAUAAAUCCCAAUGGUGCAAGAUGCUUGAGAAAAAAUAUACUUUAGGGUGAUGGCAUACUUCGGAAUAGGGGCCCCAGAUUGAGUAUCUGAAGGUGCUUGGUAUUUGGAAUUGGGCGGUGGGUGGAAGCCUCACUGAGAAUCUUCUGUGCUCCUCUUCCCUUGUUUAAUGUGGAACAACCCACCUGGAUGGCUAUAUCCUGUUCCUGGUUCCUAAUGAUCCCAGUUGCUUAUGUACCAGACCAUAGACACUUGCUAUCCAAAGUAUGGUCAGAAGACUAGCAGCCUCUGCCUUUCUCAGAACCUGUCAGAUAUGUCAAUUUCUUGUUGUCACUCCAGACCUACUAAAUAAGAAUCCACAUUUCAUCAAGAUCUGUAGCUUAAUUUCAUGCACAUUAAAUUUAGGAGUCUUGUCUCUAGAAACAGAUUGACCUGAAGCCUAGAGUUACUGGGUGAGCACCUGAAAACACCUACUAUUGGAUUUGUUAUUACCUGUUAUUACUUAAAAAAUGACUCAAUUUUGGUUGUUCGUCUUAUUUCUGGUUGCAUGUGGAUGUGUUGCUUGUGAUGCCUUUUCAUUCUUUGCCAAAUGCAUGUUUGCAUAGUUCCAAGCAGAGAAAAUGUGCCCAUUUGCAUUCUGCUUUGUUUCACUUAAAAAUAUAUCAACAGUU